AUGAUGACGAUCGUCAUGCUCCAAGUUGCAUUGGCACAACCAAAGCCGUAUCAAACUUCGAAACUGUCCCAAGAAAAUGGGAUGUACUUUGAUAAUCAGGGACCACUUCGAUUAACAAAUUCUGAUUGGAAAUUGAUAAUAUAUGUUAAAUUAGAUAACUUUAAUCGACGUACUAAGGGAACUAUGUAUUUUUACGAUAAAACUAUAAAAUUAUGUGACGAUUUAACAAUAGUAUACGAAGGCAUGUUUAAAACACUUUGUGAAAAUUUUAAGAUUGCGUCCAUCAGCCUUGAACAGGAAGUGACGAGGAAACGAGUUUAUAUGUUACAAUCUAUAGAUGAAACAGAUACAAUUACUCGGGUAAGAAGGGAUUUAGUAAAUUUAGUAGGUCGAAUACAAAAAACAUUAUUCGGUACAUUAGACGAUACUGACGCAGAAACAUAUGAUAAACAAAUCGAGGAAUUACAAACUAGUCGAAAUAAUUUAUUAAAAAUAGUAGAAAAACAAACUAGCAUAUUGAAAGCAACCGAAAAUACAUUUAAGGAGGCAACCCAAAUGGAAGGUCAGAUAAAUAAACUUAGCACAUUAUACAAUCGAAUGACAACAACAGUAAAUCAAACCAUAAUCAAUUUAGAUAUCGUAGAAGCAAAAAGUAAUAUUAACGAACAAAUAAAUAUAUUAAAUUUAAUAUUUCAACAGUUAAGUUACGAAACCGACACAAUUUGCGAAGUAAUAAUAGCCGCACAAGGUGGUAUAAUACAUUCAAGCAUAAUAUCCGCUAUGGAAUUACGUAAGCAAUUAAAAGAUAUUUCAAUGAACGUUCCAAAAGGACAAAGCUUACCGUUCGAUUUAAAUCAAAUAUCGCUAUAUGAACUAAGCAAAAUGUCAAAAUUAAAUAUAAUUUACAUAAACGAAACAUUAAUAUUCGAAAUAAUAAUACCACUAAUAAACUCAGUUGAUUUAACAUUAUUCCACGUAAUACCACUACCAGUAGUAAAAAAUGAUCAUUAUAUGCACAUAAUGCCUGAAUAUGGGUACAUAGCCAUUUCAAAAACGCAUGAAUAUUAUUUAACAUUAUCAUUUAGCCAGCUACUGAUGUGUAGACAAAUUAAUAUGGGAACAUUAUGUCCGGAAACACAACCAUUAAGACUAGGAGCCAGCGAGCUGCCAUGUCAAUUACUCUUAAUUUCAUGUUCAAAAUUAUGUUCCAAUAUUAAACACGUACCUUUCCUAUUACUAAAUAAUAUAAUAAUUAAUAACCAAUCGAUGUUAGUAUCUUGUCUUGUUCCAGAUAAGACAAUCACACGGAAAAUCCAGAUUACUGUUAUUAUACAACGCGUAAAAGACGUAUAA